AUGGCAAGUGGCGGAUGGUGGCAGCGAACGGCGGGCGGUAGACGGCGGGGGAAGGUGGCAAUGGACAGCGACGCAGCCAGUGCGGAGGAUGACGGCUGGAGGCGGCUAGCAAUGGGAGGAGGGCGGCGGAGGGAGGAGGGCGGCCGACAAUGGGAGACAGUGGUCGGUGGACGUUGGCAGGAGGAGGGUAGCGGAGGGCGGCCGGCGGCAAGAGCGGUGGCUGAUGGACAGCGAGCGGCGGCGAGAGGAGGCGGCCGACAAUGGGAGACGGCGGCUGAUGGACAACGGCAAGAGGCGAGCGGCAGCAGGAGGAGGGCGGCCGGCGGCAAGAGCGGUGACCGAUGGACAGCGGGCGGUGAGUGGCGGCCGGCGGUGUGCGGCGACGGGAGGAGGGCGGCCGGCGGCAAGAGCGGUGGCCGAUGGACAGCGAGCGGCGAGGGAGGAGGGCGGCCGGCACCAGAGACGGCGGCCGAUGGACGAUGGGGAGAGGCGAGCGGCGGCGGGAGGAGGCGGCCGGCAGUAAGAGCGGUGGUCGAUGGGCGGCGGGCGGUGAGUGGCGGCUGGGCAGUGGGCGGCCGGCCGGAGGCAAGAGCAGCGGCCGAUGGACAGCGGGCGGUGAGUAGCGACCGCGGUGGCGGCGGCGAGAGCAGCACGGCGAGAGGAGGGCGGCCAGCCAGAAGAGCGUUGGCCGAUGGGCUACCAGGGCGGUGA